AUGGAGGCGGUGACGGAGCACCUGCAACGACUACUAGAAGCGUGUGUGGCUAUUAGUACUGCAGCUGCUGCGAGCUCUCCCGAUACCUGUGACAUUGAUACUCGAGUGCGGACUGUCGAUGCGUCUCUAGGGUUGCCCUUCGAGCACCUGCAGUAUUGGGAUUUAUUAUGCGACGAAUCGCUCCCAUUGGUCAAAGAUCUGGCACUGCUCCUGGCGAGCACCAACAUUUCGACCAAUAAGAUGCUGAGUCUGCUACGAGUGAUACUCGUGCACCCAUCGCUUCACUGCGCUGGGCUCGUGCAAUUAGCGCAAUUGACGUUCCAUGGUUUCAAGCUGACCAAGCGCUGGGACGUUUUAAACGCUGUGUCGAGUCAUUUGCUGGAUGCAAUUUAUGCAAAGAUACUGCGGAAAGAUACCCGGGAACGAGCGUUCCGUUUCUAUGUUGACGUCCUAGGUGGAUUUCAGCAUUCGGCUGAGCUGUUUACGACAAAUGCGACGAAGCUUAUCCAAUUGGCAAAUUUAUUCAGCACAGAAGACAAUGAACAGGUUAGGGAAAUGGGCAAUCGAUUAUCGGUGCUGUGUGCUGCUCUGGAGCACUGUCACCGAGGCUACGAGGCAGAAGCUAUGGCGCUACGCAGCGCCAUGCGACUGAAUUUUGGACCUCGUGUCAUCCGACCUACAGCUGCCGAAGCUGAGAGACUACUAAGAGCUAGUGCAUGGAUACUACCAGCGGAGAAGCUGGAUGCUAUGCUGCCUUCUAUUGAAGGGAAAUGGGUUGCUGACGAGUUUGUAAGUGACCAACAGUGCAACGGCGGACCCCAUCAAAAUGCGGGCUCGGUGUUGCUAAAGAAGACGACGAACUGCUUUGCGCAUGAAGUGCGAGCAACUAUCACUGACCCUAAGUUAAAGCACAAGCUCGAGUUGACUGGGUCUUUGUUUCAGCAAAUGCCAGAGAUGCAGGUUUUAGUGUCGUAUUCCGGUACAAGAGCGGCAUCGACCUGGAAACUCGAAGGGCAUUGGCGACAAUUGGAUGAGGAGAUUGCUUCUGCAACGUUAGCUCCACCGACGACUCUGGUUUCGGCACCGACCUGGCAUUGUGGAGCUUGUACAAUGAACAAUGAAUGUUCUUUGACGUUGUGCUCAACGUGUGGAACCGAGCGGCCGGCAGAUGCUGUUACGCAAGCGAUCCCCAGCAGUGACAAAGGUAAUAAUCCUGCACCAUAUUCAGCAGUGCUUAGCUCAGACAUGUCAUUUAUGCGCAUAAAGUGGUCCCGCGGGGAGCAACAAGGAGUUUGGCUUGCACGGAAACAGAUUAUUGAAACCGCCUUCGAUCUUACGACGUCGCUCGUGGCUGGGGAUGACGCGAUGACGGAUUCCACUCGCUUGCCAGCUUUCGUUUUUUCGCCCGAAGGUAUUCCGGCAAGAAUUUUAGUAGUUGAGCGACCUCUUCUGUCGACAUCAGAUCACACUGAGUUUACUGUUCAAGUGUGGAUUUGCCCGCAGCAGGCGCCGUCAGAAAUUGAAGCUCAAGUGGUGUUUGCUAAUGGACAGGAUUUUGAGCUAAUAUUGACAAGUGCUGGACAUCUGGUGUGGCAUGUCGCUGGUGGACGAUACACAGUGACUUCGCGUGGUGCUGUUCAGUUUGGCGUAUUCUGUCACGUGACACUUCUGUUUGGCCAUGACAUUAUGAUCCUCCUACUUGAUGGCUCGACAGCAGGUGAAAGCACUAGAUCGGACGAGCAAAAUCAUGUUGUACCGGGAGCAUCGUUGCUAUCUAUCGGUGGUAGCAUCGAGAAUUGUGACUCGCAAAAGAACGGAAAAGUGCGAAGUUGUUUUUAUGGACAAUUGCUCGAUUUGCGUAUUUAUUCGGCACUACUUUCAAAUCUUGAUCGAGCUUAUAGUAUACGGCACGCUUUAUCUGGUUGUGAGGGACAUCUUGUGGGAUAUUUUCCACUUGUUGGAGAUUCAGAGCGACUGUUGAUGGAUUUGUCAAACCAGCAAAACCAUGCGUGUGCCUUGGAUGGAUACCAAUCCCCCGACUCUGUCCAUGAUGCAUUAAUCCCAUCGGUCUGUAAUUCUGUCCCUGCAAUCCCGAUUGAGGCUAUCCCUGUGGAGAAUGCACUUGCCCUUUCGUUGGGCGUCGACUUUAUCGGCUGUGGCGAGUUAUCUUUUUCCGACGGCUGCCAAGGACUUCAUAUUGGUUGCAGAGAUUCUGGGGCUGCCUUAUGGCGUCAGAAUGCUGUUUUUAUUGCCUGUGGCUUUCAGUCUUUCUUUUCCAUUGCAUCGCCUGUCUCACCAGAGGCGCCGUCUUCGCGCAGAAGCGUUGUAUUUGCUCUGUGUGAAGCCACAUUCUGGAAUCUUGUCCCGUUGCUGUCAGAAGCAGCUGGUAUAUCGCAUGCUACUUGUGAUAAUGAAAAAGCACCACUUUGUCCGUUCAAUGGCUCCGCAAUGUUGAUUAACAUUAGCUCAGAUGUUGUCGCUCCGGGCAUUUUGAUGUACGACUUAGGUCUGUACAUGUGGUCCAGAAAGCGAAGCAAUCCGUUGUCGCGCGUAUAUCGCGUUGCUGGGAGUUCCUCUACCGCCCCAUCAGAUUUCCACCUCAAAUACGAGCUGCCAGAGCGUAUUUUAUCGGUUGCCAUUGGUGGCGUCGGUGUUGUAUUCGAAGUCGCGAUGGAUCUUGAGCUUGCACUAUGUAUGGAGCCAGGCAAUCCAGCUCGCGUAGGCUUGAUUUUCCCCGUGAGCAAGAACUCCACAAGCCAGCGAAGUUCAACUAGGCUGAUAAAUUGGUCAUUUGAAUCGUUCAACAAUAGCUUGCCCAAUGAUGCUGCAAACUCAGUUUUGGGAAAUGUGUAUUCCUCUUUUCGCCUUGAAGGCUCAGAUGGAGACAUGGGUCACGGCGGCGGUACGGACGGUACCACUUUGUGCACCAGGGUGAGUACGGAUGGCAGCGCUAUCGCUCAGCAGUCGUAUGGUUGUCAGACUUGCAACUUGGUGCAUGGCAAUAGCGUUUGUCGGGUUUGCGCUGUGAUCUGUCACGAAAGCCACGAGCUCGUUGUGCUGGGCGCAACAACAACAGCCUGCGCUUGUCGUAUCCGCGGUAGUGGCCUUUGCCGAUGCAACAGUGCUGUCCAAGCCUCCGGUUUUCCUAUGCUUACGGAGCCUGUGAAAGCGUCACUGUGGGGCUGCAGCAAAUGCACCGUGAUUAAUAGUAUAGAUCUUGAGCAAUGUAGUGUAUGUGGCAACAAUGCACCCAAACUGGAUGCCAGUUCCGUCUCUGCGGCACCGAAGUCUAUCUUCUCAGCAUCAGCGCCAGUGGAGCAGUCGACCCCUGCAGUGAACUGGUCAUGUAACGCCUGCACUAUGCUCAAUGAGGUGAAUGACACGAAAUGCUCCGUUUGUGAUACCUUGCGGCCUAAACAAGCUGACCCUGUGCCAGGUGAAACCAGCGAAACGAGCAAGUCCAACAAAGGACCCACAUCCCUCUACUACGCAGCCGACGAUGCUGCCAAGCAGGAUCAUCGAAUGGCAAUGCAGCCUACUUCGUCUUGGAUUUGCUUAGCAUGCACGAUGGAAAAUAAGACUUUGGACACAACAUGCCACAUGUGCGCGACGGCGCGGGAAAUUCCCGUUUCCUCUACCGUCGGUUCUCCAGAAGUGGUGAUGACCCCGCCUACUUCAAAGAUUGAUGAUUUGCCCGCUUCUGUUUCGACAGGCAUGGAUAUGGAUAUGGACGGGGGUGAUCCGGUGAUCGUUUCUGAGUCUGUCGCAACCAGGCAACCUUCGAAGACUGAAAAUGUGAAACUUCUCGAUGAAUACAAGCGCACCGCAGCCAUUGCUCUUAACCACUUGCUUGAAGUAGGAAGCAUAAACGACUCGGUGUGGGAAACUACUGGAGGCACGAUGCGUGUUGCACUCGGCAAUAGUUUUGUAGGUGAAUACAUCUGCGGGACGUACAUGGCGAGAGAUGGAAAACUGAGUGGACUAGCUCGGGUGACGGAGGAGGGUACCUGGAAAUUCGACGGUAAAUUUAAGAAAGUCAGUCAGUCCCAGUCAAACGCGUGCAUGCUUUCCUGGGACAAAACAGCCUCUCGCUUUGACGGAAAAUGGUAUCGUGGCGACGGGUCGGGCGAUUGGAAGUGUCUUUCGGCACCUUAUACAUCUGAUUUCCGUGGCAUAGCCCCCGCGGACCCGGUGAAGAAGCCGAGUGAGUUUCAACCGUACUAUACAGGCAUGGUGAAUAUGAAGCAAAGUUUGACAAAUGUUUGCUACCAGAACAGCUUCCUCCAGACUCUCUACAUGACCCAAGAUUUCCGUCGCUUCAUUAUGUCGUGCGACGCUACAAACUAUGCAGGGCUGUACAAAGAUAAUGGAGUAACAACUGGUGGAAAUGUCGUAGCCACAAUCCAACAUCUUUUCGCUCAGAUGACUGCUUCGCAGAGGCCUUUCUUGGCCUCGCACGCCCUCCAACAAUGCUUGCCUGCUGAGUUCAAAAACGGACGCCAGCAAGACACAUCGGACUUUGCGCACUUCUUGAUUGAUUCCCUCAGUCAGCGGUUGAGCCAGCACCACGUUAUUGCGGACGAGAUUCCAUCAAUUUUUGGUGGCCACCAAGCAACGAUUCUGGCGUGCAAGACGUGCGGUAAGAAAUCUGUGAACCGGGAAUACUUUUGGGAAUUGUUGUUGAACAUGAUUGAUCUUCGGUACACGCCUAUCACUAGUAUUUCCGCUGUAAGUGGAUCUGCGAUGGACAUUCAAACCCCGGGGGGUUACGAACGCUUGAAUGCUGACUUGAAUAAGGAUCGUACGGGUGCACCGUACGUCUAUCUGUGCGUACGGAGAUGUCCGGAGCGGGUCAUUUCCGAUAGUUCGAUGGAAGAUGAAAGUGAUCAAGUUAUGCCUAUUACGGAAUUGGUGGUCAAGGUGAUAUCAAGUACCGACCCGAAGCCCUCCUUGCCCGGAUUCGAGCGCGUGGAAUUAGAUCUUAAUGUUGGUGGUGGCACUACUAGUGGCUUGAAGAAGCAAGUGUAUCUGUUAUUUCGACGCGAGCCAAAUGGAUCGCCCAUCACUGACUUGCAAGUGACCUAUGGCAACGAGUCGAUUCCCGAUGGCUUCAAACAAAUUCAUGUGGACCUUAACCAGGGCGAGGGCUCAAAGGUAUAUUUGUGCUAUCGCUGUGACAUGCCCAUCACGGAUUUGAAAAUCGUGAACAGUGGAAUACCUGGAUAUCGAAUGUUGGACCAUCUACUUAACGUUAGCCAUGGAGAUGUGGUGAAGCAGUAUCUUGCACUGAAAGUUGGAGGUAAUGAACCCUGCUUGACCGACUUGAAACUUGUAGAAGGUCCCGAUGUGUCUGCAUACGAGGAGCAAGGAUGGCAGUCAAUUGGGAGCCCUUUUUCUUCAGCAGCGCUAUUGGAUCCUUCUAUGGAUGGGGAGCCGUUCGUGCCAUCACAACUCAUUGUUCGCCGCGGUCACGGCAACCCCAUUUUUGCCAUAGAUGUGUUCCGUGCGCCCCGGCAAGUGCCUAAGUACAAUGAUUACGAGAUAAUUGAGCUCUUCUCUACUGACACCACUUGCACAGAUGCCUUUGCUCGAUUGAAAGGAGAUUGGUUGGGAACUGAAGAAACAGAGCGCGAGAGAAGGGCAGUACAGAUACGCUCUGUCUCCGAAUCAAUGCCGGGUGCGCUGCUUGUGAAAGGAUGUUUGGAUGGUAAGGGAGAACUUUGUUGUGUCACGUUAAGCGUUUCGACAUGGGCAGGUACUGUCGUACGGGGGCCCGCCUCUGAUGCCGGAUCUGGUGUGCCUGUCGACCUUCCAUCAGGUGAGACUUGGGGUAGCAACGCUAUUCCAGUUAGUUAUCGUGCUUCUGGUUAUUGGAAAGACCUUGAUGUGCCAAGCCCGCAACUGGUUGACGUGGAGCUGCGACCCGCUGCUUCCAAUGUAAGUGGCGCUUCAUUUACUCCGAGUGAAGUGUCGGUAGCAGAUGCACCAGAACAGUCGUAUCUAAUGAGUGGGGUCAUUGGGGAUGGAAGGGGAAGCCUUGUUGCGAUUCAAGGCGUUCAAACGUCGAGAAAGGUUAAUACCAAGUGGCCAAUCAGUGAAAUUAUGGUUUUACGUGGUGAUGAGAGCGUACCCGAGGGUGUCCAGGUUGUUCGCAAUACGUGUUCUGGUCGUUCAGGAAAUUUGUUGGCUCAGACGACAUCGCUCUACACGUUGUAUUUGGCGUUCAAGCGUGAGGAGGGACUGGCAAACGGCUACGUUACUGACGUUUGUGUAGUCUAUGGCGAGAUCGAUGCUGUUCCGGAGCACUAUACUUGCAUUCAUACGACGCCUGCAGGGCAUUCUGCCAACGUGAACGAUGGGACACUGGGUGUGCCUAUUUUCAUUUGUUUUAAACGGGGUGGAGAUACAGCAGCGAUCAACGAUGAAAGCGUUAUUUCCAAGAGUUUAAUGGAUCUGGCGUUAGUGUGGACUUCGGGUGUACAACCAGAUGCAGUUCCUGCCGGCUUUACAAAAAUUCAACACACUCCUCUUGGCAUGGAAGCUAACCUAAACCAAGGCACUUGUGGUGUGGCAAUCCACCUAUGUUUAUCGAAAAGCGAGACAAAAGAGAUUGUUGAGCCGCUGGACAACCCUUUGAACGGUGAAUACGAAAUCACGAGCUCCCCAUUGCCGGCGUUUGGUCGGUUUCUCACUCUCUCGGUGAUAGAGGAACUCGAAGACGCACGUUUGGUGGAGGGCAAUUUCGGUACCGUGUUGCAUGGUCAGUUUAUCGGAUCGAUGAGUGGUAUUUUGUUUUCAUCAAAGCACCAGCAGGCAGGUAAUGCAAAGACAGACACCGUUGUUGGUGCAUGGAGGAUUGAGAGCUCAUUGGCUCGCGGCGUUGGCGCAAGUACGAAUGAUUUCUUGCCUUUGAGCUACCCAUUCGAGUUGACUCUGAACGAUACAUGCACUGAGCUGGAUGGAUGGUGGAGUGGUGUUGAGGGUGUCUCACCAACUGUUCCUAAAUCAAUUGUCUCUGGUUCCAGUAGCGUGGCUUCCAGCAAUGCAUUAGUAUCUGGCUUGUCUCCUGCGAUUACCGGCGGCAAGUGGAAACUCAUUAAAGAUUCUUACGUACACGUGGCAUUUAAGAAAGACUACAGCACCGAGUGGCAGGAUGACCAGCUCAUGUUCUCGGAGCGCGUGUGGCGUCACGACAUUGAGUCCAUGUUAACGCGUUUUGUAGCUACGCGCACAUUAGGAGGCGAUAACGCGCUUUCGUGUAGUGCGUGUCAGCGUAAAACGGAGUGGCGGACGAACACAGUGAUCUUUGAUCCACCGGAGCAUCUAAUUAUUACAUUGAAGCGCAUGUACUACGAUUGGAGCCAGCAGAAAGCGUGCAAAUGUCUGCAUGACGUGCAAUUCCCUGCACUGCUGACGCUACCAUCGCUUACACCCGAAGAAGAGCUUGCGGUUUAUACUUCAGACACUGAGGGCUCAACAGGCGCAGAACAGCAGCAUCUGCCACGUCACUACGGUCUCUACGGAGUGUUAGUGCACUCUGGUCUUACCGCCAGCUCGGGGCAUUAUUACAGCUUCUGUCGAGAGAGUGAUGACAGGACUUGCCAGCUGCACUUGGAAGAUUCACCUCUCUCUCCAUGGAUCAAAUUCAAUGACACGAAAGUUGAGCGCUCUGAUUGGAAAGAGAUCAAUCGACUGGUAGCUAGCACCGUGUCGGAUACUGUAUAUCUGUUGCUGUAUAAAAAACUGUCGUACGAGCCGACACGUCGAAACGGCGAUGGAAGCCAGGAUGCUGGAGCUGUCGGGGGCGCGAAUGCUGAUGAUAAAGAAGCCAUGCUGCUCGCGAAAGCAAUGGCGCUGUCAAUGUCGGCGGCCAGAUACGACCAGUAUCGAUGUGAUGAGGAGGAAGAAACCAAGGGAGACCCCAGUGCUGUCAGCGACCCUGAUGGUGAGGACGGGUCUGCGCGAUCGACCAGCAUGGUGACCAAGGCACUCCUCAAAAAGGUGGAAGAAGAGAACGCAGCAUAUCUGCAAGACCUGGUGGAAGCAAGCUCCAGUGCACUCCAUGCUGAUGAUUUACACACGCUACUGGUGCUACGCCACUCACUGCCAGUGCGUCUACGUGCACUACUGGACGGAGUUCGCUAG